AACGACCUCUAUGCCAGUGAGAACCCCGUUCCGAGGAAGAGAUCUCUCAGCUGCAACAUGGCAAAUUUCCUAUACUAGAGUUGCUGGUACCACCACAUGUCAAAACAUGCUCCAGCGAGAGUGCUGUUUUGUCAGCCAAGCCGGCAGUGACUCACACCUCUUCGUGAUCGAUGUCCAAAAAUAUCUCAUCGAAGGGCCAGAUGCAGUACCGGACGCCUUGGAGCACGACGACAAAGACCCCCAAGAUCCGUUGCACAAAGGGAAACCCACUUGGGAACUUGAGUUUAACCCACGAAAGGACGACGAUGCAGAAAUGCUUGUGUCCAAGGAUGUCCGCAACGUAUUCGAAAGCAACGUCCAGCUCGCCAAACAACUCCGCCUCGAAGGCGUCACUCAGAUCACAGCGAUGGGUAUACAAUCGGAGUGCUGCGUCCGUUCAUCGAUUCUAGGAGCUAUCGCUUCCGGUUUCGACGCCCAAGGCAUCACGCUCCUACGGGGCGCUCACUCAACAUUCAACGAUACCUCCGCGGACAAAUCUUACUCGCAGAUCAAGGAAGAAGUUGAAGAGGAGUUGACUGCUGUUGGCGGAAACGGAAGACCUUGGAUGUUAAUUGAUGGAUCAACAUCGAAGGCAGAAAACCUAAUACUAGCAACAGUUCAAUACUUUACUUGUAAGAUUGUUGCAAAGGCUACAAUUUAUAUCACGGGAUCUCAACAGUGGAAACGUGGAAGUGGCACAGACGUCAACGGCGCGGUUCAAGCAAGCCACGAAGAAGUCCUUCAGUCCCGGUUCGGCAAACAGAGCCUGUCCGUCGGGGGAUUUGAGCCACAUGGUCGGAAUGUUCUGGGAACGCAGAUAAACGAUCCACGAGGUCUUCUGGAGGCCUUGCAUCAGUGCAUAGGCAUUGACCUCGCAGCGCCUGGCGUCCUCGAUCUGGUGACCGUCGAAGAUGACUUCCCUGAUGGCACGGACUUGUGUGUUGUUGACAUAGCGCUUGAAGAACUUUGUCAGGAUGUCAACAUUGUUAGUCGCGUCGCGGGAGUCGAACACAAAGCGGUUUUGGGAGAAAGGAAGGAGGCAAGCCUCCUGGUAGAUUGUCCGGCAGGUGGAAAGGAGGCCCAGAGAGAUGUUUGCACCGGUGUUGGACUUGCGAUUGCGAAUGAUGAUGCGACAGGAAAAGUCGUCGUAAUCAUGUGGGUGGUCGCAGAGACGGGUUCUGGUGACCCGGAGAUUGUGGGAGACAUGGAUCGUGUUACCCCCAGUGGAGAUUGCCAUGUUGGCGGCGGGCGAAUGCAUGAGGUUGAGCAGCCUCGGCGGCCUAUUGCGCGGAGCGGUGGUGGGUUGGCGGGUGUUCGUUGGAUUUGGCUCGAAGCAGGGAGACAGGGCAGUGGUACUUAUGCAAUGACCCAGAGCCUGAGAGGCCUGGCAACAGUCCGCCAUUCACCUACAACACCCUGGAGAAGUCUGUUCAACCAAUCAGUAAACGUUAUCGAAUUGCAAGCGACGACAGCGUCACAGAGAAUCGGUGAACAGGUUCACGACGCUGGAGUUCCACAAUGCCAUUGUGACUCUACAGCCUACACUCACUCGAUUUACCUCCAAGCUGGAAGUGCGGGACAUAAUUCGUUUCUGGAUGCCCAGGGUGUCGAGUCGAUGAACGACGAUGGUCGAUCAAGAUCAUCUGUCCUCAAUCAAAGAAUCGUUGAA